GCAUUCUCAAACGGAAAGUGAUCAAUUGAAGACUUCUGUUGAAUAAACGCGGUCAUGUCAACAGUCAUUGUUGGCGGAGGGAUAAUUGGUGUCUCAACUGCGUAUUACCUUUCAGACCCUCAGAGAUCGCCAAGGCCGAAAGAGAUUCACAUUAUCGACUCUUCCGCGGAACUGUUCGCCUCUGCAUCUGGUUUUGCCGCAGGGUUCAUCGCCAAAGAUUGGUUCUCGCCCGAAAUUGCACCACUGGGCGAAUUGUCGUUUAAUCUACAUCGUCAGCUUGCGGAAGAUAAUCAGGGAGCUGAAAGAUGGGGUUAUAUGACGAGCUCUGCACUCAGUUUGCAGGUUGUUGGAAAAGAUGGGCAAAAGACUAAACGAGGAGAUGAUUGGCUCCGCCGCGGCGCAAGCAGAGCGGAGGUAGCAGUAAGAGACGAAGCAGCUGCUGACGAUGGCGUGCCCUCUCCAUUGUGGUUGACGGAACAAAGGGGGGGAACCAUCGAAAAGAUAAGUAACAAUGGCAGCGUCGCUCAAGUUGAUCCUCUACGGCUCUGCCAGUUUCUUAUAAGAAAAUGUCUCGAGAGAGGCGUUCGAGUUCAUUAUCCCGCCCACCCAGUCGCAAUUUCCAAGAACGGUGCAUCUGCAAAACUGAUUCUGCAACGCCUUGACACAAAGGGAGAAUUGAGUGUCCCAUGCGAAAAUCUUAUUCUCACGGCUGGAGCGUGGACACCCAGGGUUUUCAAAACAUUAUUUCCGAAAUCAAACACGAGAAUCCCCGUUGGGGCUCUAUCCGGUUAUUCACUCGUGUUUCGGUCACCUCGGCAUACCUUGGAGCACGAACGAGAGAGAUACGGCGGCAAAUGCCACGCCAUCUUCACUACUCAUCCGAAAUCUUGUGGCUUCGCUCCAGAGAUUUUCUCCCGCCAUAACGCUGAGAUUUACAUCGCCGGCUUGAAUAGCCUCGAUGUUCCGCUCCCUGAGGUGGCGACAGACUCACACAAGAUUAUGGAAAAGGAGAAGUCAGACAGAGUAAAACGGACGGCGGUGAUGUUGAUGGGGCGGGCCAAUCCUGGUAUCGCUGCCAACCUGCAGAGCGAGGCAGACAAUAUCAAUGAUCUUGAAGUCGUACGAGAAGCUCUCUGUUUCCGUCCCUGGACAGAGAGUGGAAGGCCGAUCAUUGGUAGAAUUGAGGAUAAGCAGCUCGACUCCAAUGUUAGGUUCCCUGGGAAUGUUUUCAUUGCUACGGGCCAUGGUCCCUGGGGGAUUGCGCUCUCGCUAGGGACAGGGAAGGUUGUUUCAGACAUGGUGACUGGCAAAAGAGCAAGUGCAGAUGUUGGACAGUUAGGCCUUAAUGCAGAGGCCGGGCUGAUCUCUAGUCGCCUAUAACCAGGAGUUCGUACCGCCUGCCUUCGGUGUGUUUUCACGGACGGCAACACUUGGUGCUCUUUGAACCCAAUAAUCUAAUCUCAGUAUCAUCGGUCAUAAUGAACAUAAUGAAAUAGAAUUAUUCAAUAGACAUGUCCAUCG